CCCGGUCUGCAGGAAGGGCCCUGCUAUGGUCAAAGGCACCCCCUUAGCUAUAUUUGGGGUGGAGGGGAGAUGGAGAAAGAAGGGCCGGGCCUCUCUUCGGGAGGGGCCUCACUGGGCGUUCAGACAUCCCCAUUGUUUCCCAGCAUGAAGGCCAACCGGAUCAAAGACGACCCGGGGAGUCUUGACUUUGAACUUGCGGCUCAUUCAUUCCAGCCACACCUUCUGCAGCGCAUUUUGAAUUUACCGUUUCUGCAAGCCUUGUAAUUAUGUUGGGAACAGCACCAUUAUAUUGGGCUCCAUCAGUCUGAGUUAUAACUGAUGAAGUGUUCGUGGAAAUAUUUAAAACAUAUUAACUUUCAAAAAAUACUCAUUUUGGUUUUCCUUGUUUCCUAAUAUGCUAGGUCUCCCACCUGCCCCCUCUCUCCUCAAAAAUUAGGAAAUGGUGCAGACCUCCCUCAGCCUCUGAAAUGCCUUGCUCUGAGACCAUAGACCUUUCCAGAAUCUGAACAUUGAGCACGUAGAGGAAGGACUUAAGGCCAGAGAGGGGGUUGGAUUGCCUGACUUUCAAACUCAUAAGGCCUUGACCCUGAACCUCAGACAAAGAACGGGAUGGAGGGCAAGUUUCUAGCUGGGCUGGACACGGGCUGGGGGAACCUGCCCCAUCAGUUCUCCUCUCUGUCCUCAUGAGACACAGACAGCUCUGUCUGUGGGUGUGGCCUUCUCUAUGCUUCUAGCAGCCCGGGAGAACACUUUCAUUCUCUAAUCACUUAAGUUCCUUUCCAAAAUCCUUGUAUAAAGUCCCUGAAUUCAAGCUUUUAUCACUAUGGGAGAAUCAGAAAAUGUAAUCAGAAACUGUAAAUGGCAAUAACAUGGAUUUUAAGCCAGGCCGUGGUCUAAGGGCUUCACACGCUUUAUCUGUUAAUUUUGCAGCCACGACCUAAUGUUGCUUCAUUAGUAUUCCCCGAAACAGACAGGAGCAGGUCAAUGACUUGCCCAAGGUCACUCGCUUGGACGUGCAGAGCCAGAAUUGGAACCGUUAUGGAACAAACCGGAGACUUAGUGUCAGCAGUUCAAAUCUUGGCUCCACGGUUACGUGCCAUGUGACCUUAGACAAGGCCCUUACCCUCUCUGGGACUCAGUUUCCUUCACUGAAAAAUGGGGUUAUGGGUGCAGCGAUCCCAAGAUAAUCUAAAGUAAGAGCCGAUGUACAAGUGCAGGAGUGGCGCAUGUGGCGUGCUGCAAACAUACAGCCUCGUUACCGAGUUUCCCCUUUUCAGUGUUUGUUAGAACAUGUUGAAAAACUAGAACCAAAGAGGGAAAGUUGAAACAGGAAGCAUCCUCUGCUCACCCCCUUCACUCCUUAGUUUUCAGUGUCCCCCGAUCCCUGUGCUGGGAGUCCAGGGCCGGGCUCCCGGGAAGAGAGACCCUGGGGGGGGCGGGCGUGUGAAAGGCUGCCACCGCUCACACAAACACCGCCGCUCGCUGUCAGCUGGCGCAGGCAGGAAUGGAAACUUUCGCCACCAACAGCCUUUGCGAGCAACUUCCCUCUCUGUGGUUUUUCUCUGUCAUUCCCUUGAUAAAAGAAUGAGAGCUGCGCAAAUGUAACCAACACUCGCCAAUCUGCGCAAACGUAACCAACACUCGCCAAUCUCAUCUUCCCCUGAAAACACCCGCCUUUCAAGGAGCGAGCCGCCUGAAAAAAUGAUGCACGAUGUACUCUAAACUAGGUCAGUCUCCACCCAGAGGGCUCGGCGCGUGGUUGACUUGCUGUGUGUAUCCCCUGUGCCGUAGGCUUCGAGCGACUUCGACAGCCCAGGGAGAGAGAGAAAUGGGAAACAGCAUGAGAUCCACCCCGGCCCCUCCCGAGAGGCCUCUGCCCAACCCGGAUGGACUGGACAGCGACUUCCUGGCGGUGCUGUGUGACUACCCAUCUCCUGACAUCAGCCCCCCCAUAUUCCGCCGAGGGGAGAAACUGCGCGUGAUUUCUGACGAGGGGGGAUGGUGGAAAGCCAUUUCCCUUAGCACCGGUCGAGAGAACUAUAUUCCUGGAAUAUGCGUGGCCCGAGUUUACCAUGGCUGGCUUUUUGAAGGACUGGGCAGAGACAAGGCCGAAGAGUUGCUGCAGCUGCCAGACACGAAGAUCGGCUCCUUCAUGAUCAGAGAGAGUGAGACCAAGAAAGGUUUCUAUUCACUCUCGGUGAGACACCGGCAGGUGAAGCAUUACCGUAUCUUCCGCCUGCCAAACAACUGGUAUUACAUUUCCCCGAGGCUCACCUUCCAGUGCCUGGAGGAUCUCGUGAACCACUAUUCCGAGGUGGCUGAUGGCCUCUGCUGUGUGCUGACCACACCCUGCCUCACUCAGAGCACGACCACCCCGGCAGCGAGGGCACCAGCCUCGCCUGUCACCUUGCGCCAGAAGACCUUCGACUGGAAGAGGGUGUCCAGACUACAGCAGGACCCAGAGGGGGCAGAGAAUCCACUGGGCGUGGAUGAGUCUCUUUUCAGCUACGGCCUUCGGGAAAGCAUCGCCUCCUACCUCUCCCUGACCAGUGACGACAGCACCUCCUUUGACCGAAAGAAGAAAAGCCUCUCCUUGAUGUACAGCGGAAGCAAGAGGAAGAGUUUCUUCUCGCCUCCACCGUACUUUGAAGACUAGCCCGACAGCAGACACCAUGGUGUGUGCCCAAAAGGAACAGAGGCUAGAACUGUCACCUGGGGUCUUACAGAGAGGCAGGUCCCCUGGUCCCUGGGGAACCUCACGUCUCCCAGAAGCCAAGAGAAGCCACGUGGAGACUUGACCUUGCAUCUUCUCUAUCCACACCAUGACAAAGGGUACCCAUCCCUGGUGUCUGAUCAGUACAGGACAUCACGCAAUGUUGACUCAUGAUGCGAUCAGGCAACAUUUCAGAAGAACCCUGUGUGUGUGUGUGUGUGUGCUUGUCGUGUUUGUGGGAAAGACAGACACUCUCUCACAAGGAAGUACACGAGGACCAUUCUCCAACAAACCGUCCAGAUGGUCACACGCUGAGGCCAUUAGAGAGAACUUUGGAACAAAAGAAGCCUGAGAAGAUGACCCAAAAGCGGUGGCCUGGCAGAAGGUCCUGGUUUGCAAAUUGGUCCCCUGCAUUGACCUUUUUUAACCAAUCCCUAAAGAGAUCUUUGGUACGCAGCUCCUGUCUUUUUAAGGGAACUCAGUGACACUAAACAUUAACCUUCCUUAUUAGCCCGGAAUCAGGAGAUCCUUUUGGCCUGCCAGUACCCAGACCACAUGUGCAGAGAUUGGAUGGCCUCCGUCCUUCUAUAGAGGGCAAGGCAACUGGGAGAAGGAGAAGCUGCUGGUAGGGAGAGCAAGAGAAUGGCCUGGAACGGUGCGAACUUUCACCCUGUCCCCAGCCAUGGCUUUGCAGCACAGAAAGCGCAUCUCUGGCACACUGAGAUUCUUGCCUAUAUUAAUGCAUCAGUUAUUCAUUCAUGAUUGCCUGCAGAGGCCCUGUGUUAAGACCCAUGUAAGAUAUCAGGUCAAAAAAAGAAAAAGAGAUGAAUAGGCCCCUGACCCCAGUAGAGGUGCUCACAGUGUAAUCAGGCAGAAAAGUGUGUAAACAAUAAUGAAAAUGGGGUGUAAAAGGAGAAAUCAGGUCCUGGUUUUUGGUAGGAUUGGGGUCAGGUGAGGAGGACCCAGGACCCCCUGUUCCAGCUGGACCUUUAGAGAGUUGGCUGGAUUAAGUAGGUGAGAAUGCCUGGAUUUUUUUGAAAAAAGGAAAUCAAUAAGUUCUAAAGAGUUAAUUUAUCCAGUAUUUUAUUCCAAAAGGGUUUGGCAUCCACAUGAAUAAAAAUGCUGAGCUCCAGGAAAGAUGGGAUUAAGAGUGGCUUAAUUGUGUCAUACAUCAUUUUAAGAGAUGAGAGAGAAAACACAGUAAAGAUCUAAAAAAGACGCAUUUAUCUCCAGGCCACGAAUCCGGAUCCUGUAGGAAGGGGUCCGGGAUGCAUCCGUGACUCAUUUUCUCCUGUUGCAAAGGGAUUCAGGGGGAAAGGGGUGCACGCAGUGCCUCUUGCUGCCCCAUAUGAGGAGUCUGUUUACCAUACGCAUUCCGUAGAUCUGAGAUCGUGUGCUUGUGUCGUGUGCAUAUGCGCUGACAUGAUUUUCUGUAUCAUCACAUUCCAGUGUGUUUAUACCAGAAGACAUUUGUGGUUUCCUCAACAAUCCCAAAGGGCUGUUUCAAACGAGCAGCCAACGUAUGGGAAAUGAAUGUAUCACUGUGGACAUUGACUCCCACCAUAAGGCCGGGUGACGUCGCCACUCUAGAUGUCUGUACAGCGUCUUAUGUAUUGUUUUCCGUUGUGACUAAUGUGGUUAGGACAUUUGGGGAGUACUCAGAGGGAUUUCUAAGUGGGAAGCAUUACACUUUGCUAAAUCAUGUAUUUAUUCCUGAUUAAAAUAAACCUACUACAUAUUUAACCUUU